AUGAUACCACACAGAAGACCUAGCCAUUCGGACGCAUCAAAUUCACAUUCUGAUGAAUCGAGUCAUGGUAACAAUCUGCGACAACUUCUCCCAGCCGUACGCCCUCCGCCUGUGGAACCUCAUGUACAUGAGUCUGCCCCUUUGACGCGAAAGCGACCCUCCAUAAGUCUGGCGUGUGAUCCAUGUCGACAGCGGAAGACGAAGUGCAACGGUGACAAACCGACAUGUUCACCAUGUCGUGUGAGGAACCUCGAAUGUGUUUACAGACAAUCGCCCAACACUGACUACAGAGAAAAAUAUGAGACUUUGAUAGAAUCCCAUCCAGCUGCGGUGGUCUACCGUGCGAUCCAGACUAGACCGCGGGCCGAAGCACUCGAGAUUGUUCGACGUGUUCAGUCUGGUAUGGACGCAGAAACCUUGAUGCGGCAACUCACAAGCGCCGAUCUUCUCCUGCAAGUACAGCUGGAGCCCGAGACGAGAUCCCGAUAUCAGUUUAUCUAUUCUCCUCUGAUGCCAGCAUAUCUGCAGACCACGGACAAUCCUUUCAUGAAAUCUCUCAUACACGAGUGGAGUGACAGGGAUGACGCGAGCAGUAUUGCAUCUCCGAGACUACUGGGGUCAGACCUAGGCCAACGAGCGCAGUAUCUGAGACCUCACCACGCGGCUGUCAUCAUUGACUCGAGGCUGAACGAAAUCGUACCGUCCAAAUGGACUUCGGUAAAUGUUAGUGACGACAUCAUGAGGUCGCUCAUUCGGGCCUAUUUCCUGCAAGAAUACGACUGGUUCACGUUUUUCCACAAGGAUUAUUUCCUCGACGAUAUGGUCACUGGGUCCAACACCUUUUGUUCGCCGCUUCUGGUGAACGCUGUUCUCGCAGUUGGCUGUCAAUGCAAAAACUACUUCUCCGAGCCUGCAGAGUUCUGGAACCCCAGCAGUCUCGGCUCCAAGUUUCUCGAGGAAGCUAGGAGAUUAUGGGUUUUGGAAAUUACUGACCAGCAAAGUUUGACAACCGUACAGGCUGCUCUUGUCUUGAACACUGUUGUCAACAUGUUUGAUAUGGAUUCAUUAUCGUCAGCAUACAUUGUUCAAGCUACCCAGAUGGCGCAGGAGCUAGGCUUAUUCGAAUCAACGACAUAUAUCAUGAAUAAGAAACUUCGAAACUCUUACGAUUUGACGGCGUGGUCACUCUUUCACUGGCAAUGCACCCUGAGCUUCCAGCUUAUGACAACACCUUUGUUACAUACUCCGCCCAAGAGUCACGUCCCUGAUCCUGAACACGAUACAGACUGGUUUGGUGAAAUCUGGCUCAAGUAUCCUUCAGGCUCUGCUCUAGUACCAUUACAGUGUGGAGUGACUUUCAAGGCGAAAAUGGACUUUAGUGUUGUUCUUAACGAGGCCAUGCUUGAAAUUGACCAAGAUUCAAACAGAGACUUUUUGACUCGAAAUGGUGCAACCAGAAUCAUUGCUAUCACAAAGAAGUUGGAUCGCUGGUAUCAAAAUUUGCCGGAGGCGCUAUCUCCUGCAAACAUUGUAUUUCCUUCUCAACUAAAACUCCAUCUCCAGCAUUGCUAUGUUAUGGUCCAGCUUUACGAGAUCGUCAUUCACCAGCAUUCCGCUAUCCCCAAAGAACAUCUUCAAGCGUCCCUGUCAAAAUACAGAGGAUAUUUCGAGACAAUCCUGCGCAUCCACUAUUUACGCCAUAGUUUCGAAUAUGGCAACAUGAUGCUAACGCGAUUUCUCGCCAUGCUCGCAUUCCUCGCUCUUAACAAGAUAAACUCUUUGAAUACGGAAAGCACAUCAAUCCCGAAGCUCAGUAAUUUUGAUGCGGGAGACUCAGAUCCCAAAGAAGCAACGGCGACACUCCUGAUGGCCCAAAAGGGGUUGAGUGACCAGGGUAGAGGCUACUACCUACCCAGGACUUUCCUGCGGGAGAUCGUCAGUCACAUGUCUCCCAACGACGCAAAUGUGCUCCAGAGUUUCAUAACGAUUCCGUCGGAAGGUCCUGAGAAGGUUCGGGAGAGGAAAGUGUACAUGGAGAGUCAUUGUCCGUCUGAUAUACUGCGGGUAGCAAAUGAUGCAUCUCAACAGCCUGAUGGGAAUUGGAUAAGGCGGUUUACGAUGCUGACUUUGGGGGAGAAGUCCGGUGGGCCGAUAUUGGGAAUGAUAUCAGGCGGUAAAGAUAGCCGCCCGUGA